AUGAGCCUCCGAAACUCUUCGUUCCGAAAAUUACUAUCAUCAUCAUCAUCAACAGAAGCCAACAUAUCAUGCGCCUCUUGUUUGGCAAGUUUAAACUUGUUGAAUUAUUCAAAAAGAAGCUAUACUCAAUCUCUCAUGAUGAGAACAAAACCACCACUUCCGUUGGAUGAUCAGUAUCAUAACAAACUCAGUUUCCGACAUUUACAAUCAUCGGCCAGUCAAAGAUUUGUAAAACAAAGUACAACCCUUGAUAUGCCCGUGGUUAAUGCACCUCAACAAACUCUAGAAUUGUUAGAUUUGGAGAAUUUUGAUUCCGAGUCGGCUGCUUCUCUCUUUGGCCCGGGAUCAACUUGUUUGUUUUUAAAUGAAUUUUAUGAACCUGCAUUUCCAGUGUGCUCACUGAAAAGCCACUCCAUUCUUCCACUCGUCGACGGUGAGAAGGAAAUUGUGCGUGAAAUUAAUUUUGCAUUGUGGGAUAGCCAUACAGACAAGAUGUUGUCCAUGCAAGCGAGCUAUGGGCAACAAAAGAAGGCACAAAGUAUUCGAGUGGUUAUUAAUAGAAAAAAUUACAUGGAUUGGAUUGUAAAGACACUGCCAGUUCUGGAAGAACGAAAGACAGUCAUAAAAAAUCAAGCAGCAGGAGUGGAGUCGCAAAAUAUUGAUUUUAUUAUUGAAACUAUGAAAUGGCAAUUGAAUGAAUAUGAACAAUGUUUGCUGAAUUCUGAGCCUCCUACAAGUACCUCAACGCAUGAGCAGACAGGAAAUGAACCAAAAGAAGUCAAGUAUGAAGUACUAUUUUUCACAGUUAAAGACGAUGCCAUUCUUAAGAAACUUAUCAAACAACUUUGGAAACAACAAAAAGAACCUAUUGAUACUAAAGAUUUCUCAUCUCACGACCUCUCUCUAAGGAUUAAUAAUCACAAUAUUGUCAUUAAUUCGUCCAGACAAGACAUUUGGGAAAAGAUUAAUGACGUUUUUAUUAUCGAAGAAUUUGAUGGACAAGGACAUAUUUCAAAAUAUUUCGAACGACACAACAACAUCACUAAGGGAGAAAUUGAACAUAUUCGCUCAACUGUCCACACCAUUAUGCAAGCCUAUAACUCUAAAUUAUUACGAGAAAACUCCUGUUUAGAUUUACUUGAUUUAUUUCAUGGAGUUUUAUAUUGCCAAUCUGGAGCUGACAGAAAAAUUCGUGUGGACACUCCUGAAGAAAUUACCAGCGCAAGAAGAUUCUAUUGGUGGGCUCAGAAAAUUGCUACCUUAAACAUUUAA